CAUGACGGCACUCGUCCUGAUCGUGAGUGGUAUCGCAGUCAUCCUGGCGUCACUCAUCAUGAUCUGCUACUGCAUGGCUCGCCUUCGGACUCAGCUACAGAGGGCCCUGGAAGAGGAGCGUGCCUACCGGAGCCGCAAAGUGGACUCGUGGUCCGAGGGCCCAUACAGCGAGUUCGUGGACACGUAUGGCUCCAUGAUACCCAGGCAGCCGCUAUUGUCCAGCGUCUACCAGAGCGGGGACCAGGCAGGACCUUACGCGAGACGUCUGUCCAGCAUGCCACGAGCUGUUUCUUACACGCAGUGAUUUACGUCCAAUUUUU